UUUGGAGCUUUCUGGAUAACGGGUUUCCUGAUAACAGAUCCCAUAACUUUGGCUAAAAUAUGUAAGCUCACGUGCCAUAUCAAGGCUCCUCAUUGUACGUCCUACACUAUCUAUUAGCAUUAUAAGUUUAUAUACCCUUAACUCAGGAGCUCUAAUGAGAAAGCAGGGAACUUUUAAGCCCCAGCCAAUUAAUAUAAGUUUUAAUAUAUGUUUUAAAGGCCAAAUGGCAGCUAAAGGCCAUAUUUAACUACAAUCUUUACACGAAACACAGAAAGAAAUCGCCAUUAAUAAUUAUAUUUCUUGUUGAUGCUGAUGAUUUAUAUCAGACUUGCCCUGAUACACGGCUGCACAUGUGACCGUAUAGUGCACAUGCCACUGUGACAGUUGGUCACAGCUCAGUCUUGUACAGUUAGUGACAGUUGGUCUCAGUACAUGGUUUGACUCAGACCAGCGUGCAUCUCACUGCGUUUGCAAAGCAUCUGCUUGCAUUUUUUUUUCCUUGUGGAAAGCGAAUUCCCCAAUUAUGGGAGAUAAAUUGCCUCCAGCGAUGGAGAAGAGUACUCCUCCAAUAAGGAGUGAGGAAAAGCAACAACUUUUUGCUGCUACUAAGGCAGAGAUGGAAAAGGAGAAGGGGGAUACCAUCAAGGUGAAGAGAAAGAUGGACAUCAGCGCUGAAAAGGAAAGUGGGAGAAAAAGGAAGAAAAAGGUGAAACAUCGGUGCAGUGACAACAUCAAGGAGGAGGAUAAUACGGAAAAAGAAAAGAAGAAAGAAAAGAAGGAAAGAAAAAGACCCCGAAAUGAUGAGGACCCCAUCAAAACAGAGGAAGCAGGAAGUGAGCAGAAGAGGCCCCACCAAGAAGAAGAAGUUCCUCUCCCUGUUGCAGUCAGCAUGUGUCAGGUCCACGCAUUGCUUGGGAUUGGUUCAUUUGGCAAAGUGCCAUCGGUGGAUUUCGGCAAGACAAUUGAAGAGCCGGAGUCUAUAAAAUACAAGAUGUCUUCAGAAUACCUCACGCCGUCAUCCCAGUUGGAGGACCCAAGCCAUUGUUGGACAUCCAGUAAUCUCUGCCAUUCUCAGGCCCAACCAAUGGCCAUCAACUAUCCAUACCAUCCGUCUCCAUUUGGUCCUUUUGGCUUCUCCGUCCAGCCUUACACUGCAUAUUGGCCUCAUGUCGGCUUCUACCAACAGCCUUUUCCAUCAGUUCCUUAUAAUCUCCAUCCUUUCCUUGGUCCUGUUAUUAGACCUCCGCCAGUUCCAGUCAUAGACCCAAUUUCUCAUAACCUGCCUCUUGAUGUCAUCAACACCCCUUGGCCCCCUCCGCCAGUUUCAGUCUUAGUCCCAGUUUAUCAUAACCUGCCUCUUGAUGUCGUCAACACCCCUUGGCCUUUUCCAUCACACCUGCAGUAACCAUCGUCCUUUGGCUCUAUCAUUGGCCCUUAACAUCUUGAGUCUCUGGCCUUUGUCACUUUUCCCUAACGCUUAUUUUUGACCCUUUGUUGUUACUAACACUUGUUCUUUCCAUCUACCUCUAGCCUUUUCCAAUGGCUACUGUCUCUGGCCUAUUACAUUGGCCUUUUCCAUCACUGUUUCUGCAGUGGCCCAUUCAACCGCCUUUUACUUCUAGCCCUUACCACCGGGUACUGUCUCUGGCCCUCACCAUCAGCCCCAACAUUGGCCCAUUCCAUUGGCCUUUACCUCUAGCCCUUAACAUUGGC